UCAGAGCCCAGCCUCAUGUACCGCCUGCACAAACGCUUCAGCCAGAUCGAACUGGACUGGACCUACCUACAGAUACAGCAGCUGCAGGUCCAGAUCAACAACCUGAGUGAGCUGACCCCAGAGGGGAAGGCGGGGGCCACCUGGCCCAUCGGGGUCAACCCCCCUUUCAAGCCCAAAACGCGUUUCGAGGUCAUCAACUGGGAGUACUUCACAGAGGAGCACAUUUACUCGUGCCCCGACAGCUCCCCCAAGUGUGAGCUGCGUGGCGCAGACCGGGCCGACGUGAGCGCCGUGCUGGAGACGGCCGUGGAGCGCCUCAACGAGCGCUACCAGCCCCAGCUGCGCUUCAGGAAACGGCAUCUGCUCAACGGCUACCGGCGCUUCGACCCCACCCGGGGCAUGGAGUACGUGCUGGACCUGGCCCUGGAGGCUUUCACCCAGAAGGGUCACAACCAGGUCAUCGCCAAGCGGGUCAGCCUGCUCCGCCCUCUCAGCACCAUCGAGAUCAUCCCCAUGCCCUACGUGACGGAGGCCACCCGGGUGCAGGUUAUCCUGCCAGUCACGGCCCACGAGCAGGACUAUGUGAGCAACUUCCUGGACAUGUACGUGAUGAACACUCUGGACACGCAUGACAACGUCCUGCUCACCUUCCUGUUCGUCUAUGACCCCUUCGACGCCCAACGGAUCAGUCAGGCCGACGUGUUCGCCGGCAUCAAGGCCAUGAUUGGCGAGGUGGAGAAACGCUACGGCGACGUGAAGAUCCCCUGGAUCAGCGUCAAGACGGAGGUGCCGUCGCAGGUCAAGCUGAUGGACAUCAUCUCCAAGAAGCACCCGGUGGAUACGCUCUUCUUCCUGGCCUCGGUGUGGACCGAGGUCAACGCCGACUUCCUCAAUCGCUGCCGCAUGAACGCUAUCAGCAACUGGCAGGUGUUCUUCCCCAUCCACUUCCAGGAAUUCAGCCCGGCCAUCGUGUACCGCGACCAGCAGCCCUCAGCCGCCUCCUCCUUCACCGCCGAGGCACUGCGCGAUGGACGCUUCGACCGCCACGUCUUCGAGGAGGCCUGCUUCUACAACGCCGACUAUAUGGCGGCGCGCACCAAGAUGGCCGCCGACAUCCUGGAUAACGAUGAGCUGCUGGAGAGCAUGGACGUGUACGAGAUCUUUGUGCGCUACUCGGGCUUGCACGUGUUCCGGGCGGUGGAGCCAGCGCUAGUGCAGAAGUAUGUGCGGCGGGCGUGCAACCCGCGCCUCAGCGAGGACAUCUACCACCGCUGUGUGCUCAGUAACCUGGAGGGCCUGGCCUCGCGAUCCCACCUGGCCAUGGCCCUGUUUGAGCAGGAACAGGCCAACAGCACCUAGGUGGUCUAGUGGGGCUCUUCCACUGCAGCACUGGUGUCACGCCAGACUUUUCUGGACCAGGCCUCAGAAGGCAACAUCUAUGGGCCUAACACUGGUGCAGUGCCUGACAGUGGAAAUGCACCAUACUGUAGGUCUACCAUCUAAUGACAUUAUGAACGUCAACCACACUGCCUCGACUUUUAGACAAGGCAUGUUAUGGGAUGCUUAAUCUUCAGACGGAUCCCUAAGGACCCAUGUGCAAUCUUAGGCCUGCGAAGACUGAGGAGCAAUGUUACAACGUGUAUUCCUGCUAACUGUGUGUGCAGGCGGACAGAACUCUGUGCUUUCACACCAAUGGUAGCCCAAGGGGAGGCUCUAUUGGGAGGUGAUGAAUGAACAAUGAACAGCAUUGAUGUCUAUUUAGGGCUGGGCAGUAUACCGUAUUUUACUAUGUACUGUUAUUGAUGCACGGACCAGUUUGUGUUUAUACUUUAUCUUCUAUAACGGUAUUUGUGAUACGUCACUCUGGCUCGUGUAAUGUCAGUUUUUAUAGUUUACUCCAUUUGCUACUUGAGUUGUCUCUCUCCUCCUGCAUGCCACUUCCCCAUGUGCUUCCCUGCCAAUCCCUGCCCCCGUCACUGUUGGUUGUCAAUGCCGUGCCGUUCACUUUGUCUGCAUGGUCAGAUGUAACCAGAUGUUAGUGAUUUCCACUUUGCUUCUUAAUAUAAUUCCACAAAAGUUCUAUAAUUACAUUAUUUAAUGUAUAUUACAGUCUGCAAACUAGUAAUUUGUCUUUUGAGAGACGCUAAAUAGUGUUUGGGCUAAUUGCUAGUUAGCUAACUAGCAAGCUAGCUAAAUGUACACAGAGAAAACGUAGCUAGCUAAUAAAACUUGAUACCAGUACUGGUGUAGGCCUAGUUCAGCAUGUUGUUUGUGCAAAAGUAUCUUCUAAAUCAGAGAUGGAGAAGCAUGAAUAUGUUAGCUAGUGCUAGAUAACUACAUGAAGUAAGAGAAAACAUGUAAUGUAACAUUAGGGUCCACUGGGAAACACUGACCAACACUUUGGUUCCUACCAUGUCACAAUAAUUCCUCCCUGGCUUUUUCAUUCAUUGUCAUGUCAAACAACAAUGUAUUCAAAGUACUGUCCACUAUAUUCCAACAAUAGCAUUAGAAUAAUCAUUCUAUUUCCAUGAUUCCAACAGUUCACCAAUUAAUUAGGACUAUAUUUUUUGCCCAUAUCAUGCAGCCCCACGUGGCACAGAGUGUAAAUGAUAACAAAUGAGUGCAGGAAAUGCAGAAAUAUCGUGAUAAGAUAUUUUGGUCAUUUCGCCCAGCCCUAUGUCGGAUGUUUACAAUGUUUUGUUUUGCCUUGAGAAAAUCGCCAUGAGCUAUAUGUCUUCCUUCAUGACUGUGCUGAUUUAUGAUGCUAAAACUGGAAUUAAAGAGAAUUAAGUGUCUUAUGUGUCUUUCAAUUUACACUUAGUUUGCUCAGUAUGUCGAACCUGUAGAGAGUGUGGUUUGAUUCAUUCCCUCGACAUAUGGUCUGUUUUUUAUUUUUCUACGGUUAUUAAAGGCAGAUGUCGCA